GGAACAUAUAAAAAGCUGCCAGUCGCGUCAGGCUGAAGAUAGUCGCUGAGGAAACAGCUGCUAAAAAAACCCUUUUUAUUACUGUUCACCUUUGAAUCUGACAGAAUGCGCCGCUUCGUCGUCUUGGCUUUGCUGGCAGCCUGCGUGUGGGCAGAGGACUCCCACUAUUCCUUCUCGCCGUCUGUGGGGUCAGGCAGCGGCUCCUCGUACAGCAUAACCGGAGAGGGAAGAAUCACGGCCAUCCGGGUCUGGGAGGCCUGGGGGAACCACGUCUACGGCAUCCAGUUGUGCUACGGAUCCAUUUGGUCCCAGAUCGCCGGAUACACGUACAACCAACCGGUCGAGAUCAAGCUGUUCGAAGAUGAGAAGAUCAUCCAGGUCUCUGGGAAGUACGCCCACUACAUCCAGUCCAUGAUCCUCGUCACCAACAAAGGCCGCUCCCUGCAGGUGGGCCAGCCUUCGGGUCAGUCCUUCAACAUGUAUCCGACCCACCAAGACGCCGAGCUGCGCUUCAUCAGCGGCAAUUACCAUGGAGGCCUCAGCGCCUUCCAGGCCCACUGGGCCGUCCUGGACCAGGGUCAGGACUGGUGAAUCAAAUGGACCUCCAUUGCACUCAGUUUCCUUUUUCUUUAUUUGUCUGAAGAAAAAUCUGAUUGUGAAUUUAAUAUAUUUUACCUCUUCCAACACUAAUUACAUAGGUGUGGAAUCAUUUGCUAAUUUAAGCCAAUCUAUGUUGUUUUUUUUGUUCUCUAAUAAAUUAGUGCUUAUUUAACAAUUAUUGCUGUUCCUGUGUACUUUUGGUUUUAAAAAAUUGCCAAGAUGCAAAUCAGGUUAUUGCUAUUUUUUGAAAGGGUGUGAAUAAAACCUCUAAAAAUGAUGCAUGCCAUCAUUUCUGUGAUUUUUAAAAAAAAUUCUUUUACUUAAAUCAGCUAAAAAAUGUCAUUUUUUUUCUUGAUUUCAACAAGAAAAUGUAUGCUAUGUUAUGUAAAAAUCUGAAUAUGCAGGCCUGGUGCUUAUCAGAUGGAGUUUUGUUAAUUCUGACAAAUUGUCCCAGAACACGCCAGCA